AUGUACUUCAUAAUUCAGAAUAUUAAGAAGACAGCUCUACUCUCUGAGCAUGUUAAUCUACUUAUCACUGAGAUGAAACCUGAGGCAGCAGAUCAGAAAAUGCGGGAUUUUGAGAUACAGAUUGAUCUGACUAAAGAGAAGCAGCAGAAACUCUUCUCUGAGAAGACAGUUAAGAGAGAUUUUAAGUUGAUUAUCAUCUCAGAUAAGAAGAAGAAGAAGAAGAAUAAGAAUGAGAAGUGA